CCUUCUUCCCCAGCAGCUUUCACUAUUUGUGGAACCUCCCGCUCAAACUUUUGGCUUUUCCUUUUGGUGUUUUGUCGUCGCUACUCUCCUCGUCAGGGACAGCAUCGCCGCCAUCGACGUCAUUGCCCAAUUUUACUGAGCUUCCGUAUUGUCAACAACCAUCACAAGCCUCAGCCAUGUCGUGGUCGCAAAAGACUUUUACACUGCCCGCUCAGUCCCGCGGAGCCUACUUGAUUACGGACAUUGUGACGAAGGAGGUGCCGGAGAUCAAGCAGUAUAAAGUGGGAUUGCUGAAUUUGUUCAUUCAGCAUACGAGCUGUGCGUUGAGCUUGAAUGAGAAUUGGGAUCCGGAUGUGAGACUGGACAUGAGCGACACCCUCGACCGCAUCGUGCCCGAGGCCACAAGCAAGAAUCCGGACUUGUACCGACACAACGACGAGGGCCCGGAUGACUUUCCUGCUCACGUCAAGUCGUCGUUGAUUGGCACGAGCGUGACGAUUCCCAUCACGAACGGAAAGCUGGCCACCGGCACAUGGCAAGGCAUCUGGUAUCUCGAGUUCCGCGCUCAUAAGCACAGGCGCAACAUAGUAGCCACCAUUCAGGGAGAAAAGGGAAAGGAUCACCUUUGACCCUUUAUUAUCCUGCUCAGUACAAUAAGAACAAGGGGGAACAGAAACCCGCCUGGCUGUGCAGACAGCACUGCUCCUCCUGUAGUCUAAACACUCGUAUCCUUAAUCUUCAUGCUCCUCG